CAUUCAUUUGAAAUUCCAUUUUCACCACAGAAAAUGAUGUCUUCAUCUUUCGCAAGAAGUUAAAUAAUAAUGAUAUUUAUUUUUUGAACACAUAAAAGGACUGAUUUACAGCUUUACCUGGGAAUGUUGAAAAGCCAUUAGUUCCCAAUGGCUACAGGAUAUGAUGAGAGGUAUGCCAGACAACUUCAUGACCAAACUCUGGAAUCUGAAAUAAUUCUAGGUAUAUCAGGUUUUCCAACAGAGAGUGUAAGAAAUGAUCCUGAUGCUUUUCUAGCUUGGCAGUUACAAAAUCAAGAAUAUGAAAAAGAAAAGAACAGGGAUAGAAUCCAUUUUGACCAGAUGAAUUCAGUUUCACCCACAAUUCAUAAGAAAAAUGAUAGAAGGAAGGACAAAAAUAGAAUUCAAAAUGGUAAUGGAAACCAGAAAAAUCACCCUGUGCUUAUUAUUGACAGUGAUAGUGAUACGGAAUGUGAUGCUCCGCUCGUAUAUCCAAAGGACACUCAACUCGUAUAUCCAACGGACACUCCACUCGUAUAUCCAAUGGACACAGAUGAAGUAAAGACAUACUCAGACAAAGGAGAGGAAUUUGGUGCUAACAUGGAGGAGACAAUCCCCAAACAGAGUUGUGAAAGUAUGAUGGACACUUCAUACCAGAGUACGACAGAUAGAGGGUCAUUGUUAGCUCAGCCUCAGAGUGAGGACAUAGAUAGCUCUGGACGUUCCACCUUCACCUUCUACAGCGAUGAUGUCGAGGAAGAUUCCCUCCCUGAAGUCUCUUCCUUUGAUGAAGAUGUUUCAUCACCAAAGAUAAGAACAUUGCAGCCUGGCUUUCCAUCACCUCAAGUAAAUUUUGAUGGAUUAUCAAAUCAUCAUCCAGUGAAUGGAUAUCGGAGUAAUCCGCAGCGGAUGAAGGGAUCAAGGCAUGGUAGAAAAUGGCCGAAGAAUAGUUAUAAGCAAAAUAAUCACAGUGACCAUUCUGAUAAUUAUAUUAACAAUGACACGAGACAUUACGAUGAACAUGUCACAGUUUCCAGUGACGAGGAAACAGCGCUAAAACAGAGACAGUUUGAUACCUUUAACCACAUACCUAAUCGAACAGAAAAAAAUUACAGAAGAGCACAGAAGAAAUCUAAUCAGGGACGGUCAGAGACACAAGAUGAUGAAAUUUAUGCUAGACGACUGGGGCAGGAACUAAACAGAACUCAAGUGGAGAGGGAUGGAGAGAUGGCCAGGAGGUUGCAAGAAGAGGAAGAUGAGAAAAAUAAUUUAUUAAGAGAAGAAAGAAAUUUCCUUGACAGGAGGAUGCAAAUGAGAAAUCAUCCAAAUCUUCAGAUGCAUGAUCCAUUUGAAAACAGAGUUAUCCGGCACAGAACUCCAUUUCAGUUACACAGAACGCCGGAAGGUCUUCUAUUGUUACAGUCAAUUCUUGGAAUGGAAGGCCAAAUCUUGCCACCUCAUCUCAUGCAAGGGAAUGUUGAUUUGAAUGACUAUGAGGCAUUGUGGGAACUAGCUGAGAGGAUUGGGGACGCAAAAGGAAGUGGAAUAACCGAGGAAGCUCUUCAGUCUCUCUCUACGACACAAUUUAAAUCUGAGACGGCGGACACAAAUGAUGUUAACGAGUGCCGGAUAUGUAUCUCGGACUUUGCUGAUGGGGACACUAUCACGUCCUUACCAUGCAAUCAUAGGUUUCAUAAACACUGCACAGAAACUUGGUUAAAGAGGAAAGCUGUUUGUCCUAUUUGCAGAAAAGACAUCCAACAGGAUGACAAGAAUUAAACUAGACAUUGUUAGUUUGUUACAAUAUAUAAAAACUUAUUUUUUAAAAAUCUUUAUAUUUUAAGAGUGACUGGGUAUUAUGUACAUUAUAGACAUGUACCGGUAAAUUCAUAUUUUAUAACUUAACCCUUAUAAGAAAAAAGGAAAGGAAAUAUUGAAGACUGAAGGUUGAAAUAUAUAAUUUUACAAAUUAAGAAGAUAAUUUUAAUAUUAAAUUUUCUUUGGUUGAAAGGAUGUUACAUUGUAUUAGUCCUUUUGUAAUCAUGGUAAUACAAUGUAUUGACGUGAAAGUGCAAAUAUCAAACAACUCACUGUCAAGUAAAAUGGCCAUGCAAUGUCAUAAUAUUAGAAACAUUUUAACUGUUAUGACAUCAUUACUUCAAACAACCAAAUUUGUUUAUACCUAUACAGCUUGGACUGUAAAAUUUCGAAGGACAGGCAUAUUGCUUUGCUUCUGUCUGUCAGUCGGUCUUUUGGUCCACCAUCAGUUUCUGUUCAUUUUCUCGCAGAGGUUGCACAUAUUGAAAUUUAAAUGUGGUAAACAGAUUUAUCAUGGGUAAAAGUAUCUAGGUCAAGAUCUGUUUCGAUUACGAUUGGGUCAUUUUGGACAGAGUUAUGCCCCUUAGACUAAAAAAAAUUCCAAUUAUUUGCCGUUUCCGUUCAUUUUUUUUGCAGAGGUUGCACACAUUUGAAAUGAAAUUUGGUAUACAGAUUUAUCCUACAAAUAUCUAGGGCAAUUUCUAGUUUGGGUACGAUUAAGCCAUUUUUGACAGAGUUAUGUCCCUUGGACGUAAAAAUUCCAAUUAUUUGAGGGAAGGGGGCAUAAGUGUUUUGCAAAACAUCUCUUGUUUCCAUCUGAAUUGUUAAUAUGCAUAAAUUUCAUGCUGUUGAGUGUGUAAUAUGGUCCUUUGUUCCUAAAUACUUGUCCUGAUUAGAUUAUAUUUAUUAGAUGUUAGACCCACUUGUUACAGAUUUAGUAUAGUGAGUUUGUGAAGAUAUCUACCUUCGAUUUAUAUCUAACAUCCCCUGUAAAACUAUAUGUAUCGAAGAUACUAGUAUCAAAUGACUCAGAUGCCAAAUUCCUAGAACACAAAUUGAUUAUGGACUGUCAAUUUAAAGUUUGUAUAAGUUAUUUCAACAUUGAACAUAAAGAAUAAUAAAUAUGAGCAAGUAGUUUUAUUUUGCAAGCAGGGCUUUUUAAAUUAUUUAUGGUAAUUUUCUUGCAUAUAAUGUGACAUUGUUGUUAAAGCAAAAAAAAUGUUUUCUCAUAUAUUGGAAAAAAUUUUAGUUUUAUUUUUUUUUUUAAUUGUGUAUAAUUGUGAUAUACAUCUGUACAAUAAACCUGACCCAAACUACA